AUGAUCUUUGGAAAGUCACCGAGUUCCCCGGCACGGCGAAUCGGCUUCACCUUUACAGGACAGGGAGCUCAGUGGCCACAAAUGGGUGCACAAUUAUUGCAUGAAUUUGGAGUCUUCAGACGCACAAUACAGUACCUGGACGCGGUGCUCAGCAAGCUGCAGAAGAAGCCAAGCUGGACGAUUGAGGGAGCACUUUUGGAGCCUGCAGCCACAAGUCGGAUUCAUGAUCCGGCCUUCUCGCAGACUGUCUGUACUGCUCUCCAAAUAGCAUUGGUGUCUCUGCUCAAACAAUGGGGAAUUCAUCCGAAGGCUACUGUUGGGCAUUCCUCUGGUAAGAUUUCGUAUCUGUUUUGGGAGGGAAGGGGGAGUAUCAUUAUGAGAUCGCCGUCUAACUGUCAUGCAGGUGAAAUCGCAGCCGCCUAUGCUGCGGGGUAUGUGAAGGGAAGCGAGGCCAUCGUCCUUGCGUACUUCCGCGGUCAAGCAGUGGCAACCAACCAAAGAAAGGGGCUCAUGAUGGCCGUUGGUCUGGAGCCAGCCCAAGUUGCACCCUACUUGGACGGCAUUGAAGGUGACGUCAAAAUUGCAGCCAUUAACUCGCCAUAUAGCGUCACCCUUUCUGGCGAACCGGAAGCAAUUGAUAAACUGAGCAAAACACUGAGUGACGAAGGUGUCUUUGCUCGUGUACUGAAUACUGGCGGCAACGCAUAUCACUCCCACCACAUGCUAGCCCUUGGGGAAGCAUAUGAAGAGCUAGCCACCCAAGGCCUUGACCAAGUCAAGCCACUCGUGGAGAAUGGGCCAUCAAACCCGAUUGCGAAGUGGGUCUCAUCGGUGACAAUGAAAGAAGUAAGAGAACGGGUUCCUCCUGCUUACUGGCGAGGCAACCUCGAGGCCCCCGUUCUUUUCUCGUCCGCAGUCGAGAGGCUUGCUGAAGAUAGAUCCGUUGACAUUCUCAUCGAAAUUGGGCCCCAUCCAGCCUUAGGCGGCCCGUUGAAGCAGAUUCGGUCCAGCCUAGAGAAGACUGGGUCGGCCCUUCCACCUUGUCUGGGAUCCCUUCGCCGCGGCGAACACGACGUAAUCAGCAUGUUGACCCUUGCUGGCAAUCUUUUCAUCAACGAUGCUCCAGUCAACUUAGUGGCUGUGAAUGCAACCGAGAAAACGGAAGAUGAGAUUCAUAUCUCUCAUGGCUUCCCUUGCAUCGAUAUGCCCCAGUACAAGUAUUCGUAUCCGGAAACGCCAGUUCACUACGAGAAUCGGUUCAACAAGGAGUACCGUACCAGAAAGCACCUGCGUCGUGACAUUCUCGGCGCCCGAGUACCAGGAGGCUCAAGGACACACCCGCAAUGGAGAAACGUUCUGCGCUUGAAAGACCUUCCUUGGCUUGAAGACCACAAGCUUCUUCCAUAUGCCGUUCUUCCAGGAGCGGCGUACAUUGCAAUGGCUAUCGAAGCGGUCAAUCAGUUGCACUGCGAGGCGGAGGAUGCCUCUUCGAUCAAGUCCUUCCAGCUUCGUCAGGUCGCAAUCAAUUCGGCGCUUCGUGUGGAAGACACUGAGCUAGGUGUGGAAACUGUGCUCAAUAUGGAAAGGUUGCCGUUAACGAAUGCAGCCGCCAUGUCGCAAUGGUACAAGUUCAGCAUUGGUUCGAUUUUACCAAACAGCGAUGAGUGGACCCAGCAUUGCACUGGGACAGUCUCCGUGAUCACCGUGAAGACCUCGAUUGAGGAAAGCCAAAAACUAAAAGCUGAACCCCGUUCGAGAUCACUUGACGUCACGCGUUGGUACCGGAGCUUUUACGCGGCCGGUCUGGGCUAUGGCCCGGCCUUCCAAGGCCUGUCGGAUCUGAAGGCAUAUCGUGGCUCUAAUGUUACAACGUCCAGUGUCUCCCUGCACCCAACAGCGGGCUUUGACGGUGAAUCCGAGUACACGAUACAUCCAGCAACUUUGGACACCUGUAUCCAGCUGGCCCUGAUAUCAUGCCACGCAGGUCAGGUUGAAAAUUUUGAGAAACCAUUCGUUCCUAUUUUUGUUGACAAUAUGACGAUUUGGGUUCCCGAAUCUUCCCACGAGCAGCAGGGUUUGGGAGUGGCAAGGGGAACGAUACUUGGCCAACGAAGUGUUUACGCGCGGGCUCAGCUUUAUAGUUUGUCUGGUGCUCCACUGCUGACAUCGAGGAGCUGA